ACAGCUACCACCUCGCUGUUUAUUCCAAUCACCUCCAGUUUAUGUUCUACCAGCGACGUUAAAUAGAUUAUAGAGGAUUCACUUAUUUAAAGACUGGAGCUAAAUCUCUGCAGGUUAUUUUUAGAUUGUCCAAGGAUAACAACAAAAGUGACAGCUUGAUUCACUAGAGGCAUCUAACUGAAGUAAGUCACUUUUGCCAUGUGGGACAGUGCAGUGUAGCAGAGCAGCCAGUCUGUUAGACACUCAAUAGGUCAGCUGAGUGUUGUCUGUACUCACCCCAUUCACUUUCAUCUGUUGUACCAAGACCUGCUGCACCAAGAAGCUCCCUGCACAACUCCAUCAUGUCUCUACGGCUUCUGCCUGCUAUCAUUAUGGACAAUGACGAGGACGAUGAUAGUAACUUCACAAAAUGGAUGAGCAGUUACUGGGGUCACGGACCAGACGCUGUACAUUCCAGAGAAAGAAAACGCAGUUUCAGAAGGCCUUCAAAAACACAAGUUGAUAGACGAGCAUCACUCCCAACUGCGUCACAGUUAGACGUCAUGAAGUUAAACAGGUUUCAUGCAGCUACAAUGGCGCCCACUCCCAGCCACGUCAAAUCAAGAGAGGAUAAGGGGGAAACCAGGGUCCACCAGAGGCCUCGCCGUGCCUCUGCAGAUGACAACAACCGCGCCAAGACUGCGAUCGCAGAGAAUCGCAUCACCACCAUCCCAGAGCUCACAGAGACACUUGAGAAGAGGCUCUGUGUAAAUGAUAAGAAGACCACGUCUCUGAAGAAGGACGAUACGUUGUGCCUGAUCUGUCAUGAAGACAUGCGUAAGAAUGGGAGGGGAGUGCCACAUUGUACACACCGCUUUCAUAAAGAGUGCAUGGAGCAGUGGCUAUGGAGGAAAAGGAACUGUCCCACAUGCCGUGUCUACGUAUCCAUGCUAAAGCCCCUCUAUUGGCCUUCUUGUCGCACCACCGUCCCAUAAUGGUCCUGCACCUACACUUGAAAUGCCUGCAUGUAUAUGUGACCCCAAGACCUCCUCCUCCCCAUCUCCACGCCUCGUUCUUUCUGCAUGAACAACCUCUGCAAAACUGUCUUCUGUCCCUGAAGGAAGCAGGAAAUGAGAGUGAGGAUAUCCCAUGUGAGAGACAGGAGCUGUCAUUGGACAGUGAUUAUUUAUAUAAGAGCUCUUGUAAAUUAAUGCACUAUCAGGGGAGGAUUAGUCUUUCUUGUUCUUAUUUUGUUUUUGUCCAAAAAUGAUUCUAAACAAUUUCUAAUGACAUGCAGUUAGGUGGAGCAAAUAUCCUCAAAACUGACAAUAUUUUUUGAUAAUGAACAAAAUAAUCUGCCUGAAUUCUGCUGAGUUUGUGGUUGAGGUUGAAUAUUUCCAAGUUCUGAAAUGGAACUAAUGAUAUAAAAUCACAUCAUGAAAUAUAAACAAACAACCCAUAAAUUAGUCUUCUUACAGCAGGUAGCAUAUGAAUGUGUGCAUCAGUAGCAGUCGAAUUUAAGGGAUCAUAAGACCUGCCAUCUGAGUUCCACUGAUCACAUCUUUGGCAGGCUGUUUCCCCUCAGUUUAAAGCUUUGAUGCUAAGCUGACUAGUUUCUAACUUUGGUUUUAUAUUUAGCACAGAAAUACGGGGAAGGUGAAUAUUUUCCCAAAACCAUUCAUACACACAAAUAUUCUGUAUAUUUUUUGACCACAUUUGACCAACAUCUUAUAAUAACCACAAGUUCCUGAUAUAGUUUUAAUUAAAAAUCUUGAAAACAGUCUUAAAAAAGCUGAAACACUGAGAGAAUCAACUGUAAGACAGGUGACAAAUUAAAGGAAAACCAUCACACCAGUGACCCACACACUGAAGGGGUCCAGUGGCUCUGUUUUGGUGCGCUGAUUUGAGUCCAGAGAGCGUCACUGUAUAGUGAUACAAACUUUCUCUGACUGAUCACUUUUAUGCUACAAUGAAAGAUUUCUAUGCUAAUGCCACCUUCUACUCGACACAAGGGGUUACUGAAUGCUUUUAUCACUCAGAACAUGAUUUUAAUACUACAGAUCACAUGCCUGUGGAACACAUUUGGAACAUUUCUGACCAACAAGUUAAGCAGUGCUGUACAGCAUAUGAGAGAAUGUCUUUUGGAAUGAUGAUGUUCAUCCAUCCAGUAUGUUUCAGAUGUUUCAGUCAGUGCUAAGGUGCAUUAGAAUCGCACUGUCAGCACAUGGCAGCUCAGUACCUUAUUGAGAAGCAUGAAGUUGAUUUUCCUUCUUUGUCACCUGUCAGUAUGGGUUUUUUGCAUAUUCUGCAGAAGGUGGUUUGUGUAUCUCAGUCAAUGCUGAUUACCCAGUAGAGAAAUUCCAACAGCUCCAAGAGCUCCAACAGCAAUAGCUCUGCUCUGCUGUUUUGAAGGAGUGAGCGUGCACAUUUAUUUAUUGCCUGCAUUCACAAUGUUUUCUCUUAAGUUACAAAACUCCUCCCCUGCAUCGGUGUCAUAUUUUAUCGUACAUCUGCACCAUCUUCCUGCCUUACCUAAUUAGCUUUUGUUUUGCAUGUAAAUGUUUUUGCAUGUGACUUCUAUUUGAUCGUUUUCAAACAUCUCUCUUGUGCCGUGUGUUUUGCACUUCCAUGUGAGAAGUUUACAGUAUGUACACAAAGUCCAACUAAAAAGAGCUGGCCUAUGUAUAUAUUUACCCAUGUAAAUAUGCAGUUAUAUAAAGGAUUUUAUCUGUAGUUAAUGAAAAUUCGAAUGACAUUUUAAAAUGCUGCUAUAGCAGUUCAUUUAACCAGCAAAUGCUCAUAACUACUAUUAGAUUUAUGCGCAAAGACACAAAACCUUUUGCACUCUGCAGAACAGUUAAAGGCUGUUGGGUUCAGUAUGCUUACACCACGGAGGUUAUGUGUUUAAUUACAUUUUCCAACCUUGUGCUUAAAAAGCUGAAGAGACACUAUGACCCUCAGCAGCACCAACUUCCAGCUGCUGUGUUCACUGUUUCCAUUUCACUGUUGUUUUUUUUGCACUCUUGAAUAAAAACACACUGGAGUGAAACACCCA